AUGAUGAUGAUGAUGCCACCGCCGCCUAGGUUCCCGGAGAUGGCGGGCAUGGUCCCGGGCAUGCCGCCGCCAAUGCCGGGAGCUGCGUCUACUGGAGGCAUGAUGUCCGCAGGCUUCAUGCCACCACCGCCGCCGCCGCCGCCGCCACCGCCAAUGAUGAUGCCGCCACUAAACGGGAUGAUUUUCCAGCCGCCCGGCACGCCUGGAAUGCCGCACCACCACCACCAUCCCGCAGGCAUGGCGACGCCGCAGCAGCACUUAGCUUCGCAGCACCAGCACCAGCACCAGCACGGCAUGAUGCCGAUGUGGAUGCCGCCGCCGCCUACGCAAACGCAGCAGCACCAGCAACAGCAGCCGGGCAUGAUGAUGCCCAUGAACAGCAUGAUGCCGAUGUCCAUGCCCAUGUCCAUGCCCAUGGGCGCUGCCUCCUCCCCACUGCCGCCGGGUCAGCACAGCAGCGGCCCACAGCAACACCCGCCGCAGCAGCCGGGGAUGAUGAUGCCCUUCUAUCCACCGCCGCAGGCCCCGCACGGGACGAUGCCGCCCAUGGCGAGCAUGCCGCCUCCAGCGCCGGGUAUGGGUGUGCCACGCGCACCCCCUCCCACCGCCGGGGCAGCGCCAGGCGGUGGGAUGAUCCCGCCACAGGCGGCGGGGGCCGCAGCGACUGCGGCGAUGAUGGCCCCUCCCCCGCAUCACUCGUACAUGCACCCAUACCCGGGCAGCAACACCGCCAGCGGCGCCAACGCGAGCGCCGCGGCCAGCAGCAUCAGCAAUGCCCGCAGCAUCCACAACCACACCCAGAACCACAUCAAUACCGGUGCGCAGGCGGCGGCAAGCAGGCCCGCCUCCAUGUCGAUGCCGCCCCAACCGCCGCCACCGAUGAUGAUGAUGAACCACACCGGAGGCGCCAUGAUGCCGCCACCCCCACCGCCACCGCCACCGCCGACCGUCGCGGCGAACGCGCGUGUGAGCGUCGGCAACGCCACGUUGGCUGCACUGAACUCGAAGGAGCCGCCGAAGUUCUCGUGUGUGCUGCUGUCCGGCAUCCCGGCUGUUGGUAAGACGACGCUCGGUCGUGAGCUCGUGAAUAGCCUGAAGACCGACGGCAUGGGCUGGGCCUUCUUCAGCGGCGCCGACUUCCUCACCGAGCAGCAGGGCAAGCGCUCCAUCUGGGAGACGACGAAGGACGUCUUCGACGCGCUCAGCAGCCGCCUAGACGAGCUGCUGGAGAAGCAGCACAAGGACCGCAACAUCAAGGGCCUCGUCAUUGACAAGAACUGCAAGGGUAUCGAGGAUGUCUAUUACCUGAGUGCGCUGCUGCUGUCCAAGAGUAUCCCGUUCGUCGGCAUUGUAGGCAUGGAAUGUGCUGACGACGACGUGCUCGUGAAGCGCAUGGGCGGCGACGACUACCUCAAGGAGAAGCUGAAGUUUCACCGCGUCAUUCACGCUCGCAUCGUAAGCCUUGCCAAGAGCGCGGGCAUGUACCGCUACGUUGACGCCACCAAGAGCAAGGAGGAGGUGGUGCAGAUGCUGCGCACGAUGGUGCUCGGCUGCUGCGCGCAGCCGCCGACGCGAAGCAUCGGCAACCACCAGUAUGACGACUCCCGCGCCAACAUCAUGGUGGACGACUACAAGGAGUACAACGAGGUGCUCACGCACCUCUUCCGCUGCGUUAACAACCGCGGCUCGCAGUUCCCGGGCAGCACCGACCUCGUGCCCUUCUCCGAGAAAGAAAUGAAGGACAAGGGCCGCAUCAACGCCAUCAAGAGCCGCUACGGCAUCCGCAGGAAGGUGGACGGCCACCGCUACCUGCUCGUCUACCGCGAGAAGAAGCUGUACCUUGUGCCGCCGCACAUGCGCGCGGUGCUGCAGAUGCCGUUGAAGGCGUGGCUCGGCAGCCGCCUCGACAGCGACAGCGUUGGCAUGUUUGUGCUGGAGGGCGACCUCACGCGGCUGAUCCGCGACCGACAGAAGGAGCUCUUCCUGGUGUACGACGCCCACUACUGGAGCGAGGCGGAGCAGCCGAGCAGCAACAAGAUGAUCCGCAUGACCUUCUCCGAGCGGCAGGCCUUCCUCGCCGCGAACAUGUGCAGCGAGUCGAAGGCGUUCUUUGCGCAGGACGGCGUCGAGUGCGUCGUCGUGCACCAACCGACGCAGAAGAUGUCGGAGGCGGUCGACAUGCUUGACUCGGAGGAGUACCCAAGCGACGGUCUCGUCUUCCAGGCUGUCAACCCGAUCCACCGCAGCGACCACGUCUUUGUGUGGCAGCAGCCGUUCUACAUGACCGUCGACUUCCGCGUCGGGCAGCUCCUCCACACACACCAGCCGCCGGAGACGGACGCCGACGGCAUUCCAACUUCCGUGAAGGGCACCACGAGUGACCUUCGCCGCAACGCGAGCGGCGCCGUCUCACCGCAGCAGCAGCAGCCGCUGCCGCUGACAACGCGCCGCGGCAACGUCGACGCCUUCAGCGACCAUCCCAUUCGCACCUUCAUGCUUGAAGUGUACGACAAGACAGAGAAGAUGUACGUGCAGUACGAGAACGCCACGGUCGACGUGCGCCACCCCGACGUGGUGGAGGGCUGCAUCGUCACGUGCAGCCUCGUGGACGACACCCCGCGACGCUGGGUGUUCCGCCGCAUUCGGUAUGACGUGUCGCGCCCGAUCUACAAGCUGGACCUGGAGGAGCUGCUUGGCUCCUGCCUGAUCCCGCGCACAAAGAUGGUGGCGUGGCUGCUGAACGAGCAGAUCGUGCCGUCCGAGAUCCAGCUGGAUGGGAACGGCAGCGGUGCCGGUGGCAGUGGUAGCGCCACCAACGUGCCGAACGUGCCACCGCCGUCGUACGAUGCGGCGGCGGCGGCUGUCGCUGCAGCUAGCGCCAAGGGCGCUGCUGCGUCGAUGGGCAUGAUGCAGGGUCUGACGACGCCGCUGCCUACGCAGGGUAUGAUGCCGCCGCUGAUGAAGGACAUUGGUAGCCCGCCUGCCUUCCACGCCCCCACCGCCGCCGCGACUGCCAUCCCGAUGGCGUCGACGGCGCCGGCUCGCUCCAUCUACCCAUCCGCGUCCGCUAUGUUGUCGCGCGUAGCGGCCGUGCCUGCAAAUCCGGCGCCGCCGCCUGCUGUCCCCGCCCCGCGACCGCCAGCGCAGAUGAGCACAGAGGCGCAGUUAAAGCAGCUAGCAAGCAUUGUUCCGUCCUUCCAUGUUGUGGAUGGCAGUAAGGAGGGCGGGGCCGCGGCGGUGGCGGCGGCCUCGUCGACUCCUGCCGCAGCCGGCAGCAACGGCACUGCCGCUGGGGUCGCGGGUAAGAGCGCGGCGUCGCGCGCGACGGGUGGCGCGGCGAGCGACGGCAGCCGCAACUGCGCGCAGUGUCACAAACCAAAGCAGAGUGAAGACCUCCGUGUUGAUCGCCGCGAUCACCGGCACUACUGCUACUCGUGUUGGGCCAAGUCCGGCUACGGCUUCUGCGUCGUGUGUGGCGAGUUCAAGGAGGUACGGCGAGAGUCGAAGGGCCGCCAGAAGGGGUCCACCGUGUGCGCGCCGUGUGGAAAGGCAGCGGCGACGGCGCCUGCAGACGCCGCCAGCAGUAACGCCUCUCCCGCAGCAGCGACGACGGCGGCGGCGGUCAUGAAGACAGCAGCCUCCGCCCCGACAACGCCGGCGGCGCAGGAGGCCGCGGAGGCCAAGGUCGAUGUCGUGUUGCCCUCCGUGAAGGCCAGGAAGAAGGCCGCGGCAAAGGAGAAGAAGGCUGUCGGGGUCCCCCCUGCGACUGGUGAGGCUACUCCGAGCACGGACAGUGCCGCGCCGGCGGUGGCGGCGGCGAAGACGACAGGUGGCGAGGGUGGGAAGGCGGUAAAGGACACUGGCGGCGGCAGCCGGGCAGCACCGGCGAGCGUGCCGUCGAGCCCGACGAGUGGGAAGGGUGGUGGCACGGCGCACGGAGGGAAGACGAACGACAGCGUCAAGGUCUCAUCCUCCUCACUCGAUGCGUUGAUGUCGGCCUCGCCGCCGGACGCGGCGGCGGAAGCCGCGCUUAGCCAGGCGCCGACGUCGGAGAAGUCGACGAAGAGUGUACCCUUCCAGGUGGACGUUGCACCCGCUCUGGCCGCUCCGGCGGUGGCGGAGGCGCCAACUGCGAAGCCCGCGGAUUCGAAGGUCGCUGAGCCACCCGAGGAAGCUGUAGCUGCCCCCGCCGCACCCGCGAUGGCGACUGCCGUGCAGGACCCGUCCAAGGCGCAGGUGCACGAGGAGAAGCGUAGCGUUGGUGGCUGCCGUCAGCAGUAG